CAGUAGAAGCUGCAGUCCUGCCUUUAUUUAGCAGGGCUGGGGUAGGUUUGUAAACUGUCAAAGUUAAACUGGAAACACAGCCCAAACCUAGGAAGACUACAGAACACAAAGGCAUUUGUAAACUAAUGUAAUUACUUUCCUCAGUGCCUUUGAAUAAAGUUGGCUCCACUUUAAAGGCUUUUUCCUACCCUUGUUUUACAUUACGUUCUUUCCUUUCUCCUGGUUUCUUUCCUUUUUAAUUUCUGUCUUCCCCCCUGUGCCCUCCCCUUUUAGCUCCAAGCAGCUGUUAAUUUCCAAAAUGUGUAUCAGUUUUUGUUAGCAAACCUUGGCAUUUGGACAUUUUCCUUUUGAAGGUGAGACUAACACCCUGGGAAGAUGGAUAUCUGCUGCGCCAGUUUCUCGGUUUCUGGCAGCACAGAGCCCGUCCGAGCUCCUGGGAGACCUCCCCGGGGCAGGAUGGAGCUUGCCCGCCCGCCCGACGCGCCACGGCACCCAGCACCCACAGCCGGACUGACUUCCACGGCGCUGGCCAGCCCGGCCCCAUGGCAUCGGGGCCUCGUGACAUUGUCUGAAGUCUUACUUUAACUCAGUCUGAUGGUUUCCAGCUUUCUCCGGGGUUUCUCCCAUCCAGAUGUGUGCAGAGGUCAAAGUGAAGAGGGGCAAGUGGGGAAGCUGAGAAUGAAACUGAGCCCGACCCCACACGUGGCUCCUGUGUGAUAAUGAUGCUUGUUAGGAUAAUCAUGGCCAGAGCAGAUCUGUUGCGAGGGGAAAUAGCAGAUUGUGGAGCUGCUGUGUUGUAUGGCAGAGGUAUUUAAUAAUAAAACAGUCAAAGAUACUGCGUGAUUUAAAAGGGAAAUGUUAUCCAUCCCGGGUCAUUGCCCCACACUGUUUUCCUUAUCUGGGUGCAGUUCAUGUUGCAGAGCCUGUAAGGUCAGCGAGGAGCCGUCCGCUGGUGCUUGGGGGGUCUGGAUCAGGCCCUUUGGCCGCAGUGGCCCUGCAAGGCUUACUAGCUACAAAGGCUUGUGCGUGCUUCGGAACAGAGCUGGACAGAGGAGGAGUUGUUUUAACAGAAAACAGUGACCUUUUGUACAAAAGCAAAGUGCAGACUGAGCAGCUUUAGUUUUUCAGCAAGUUAACAUUUUCUGCAGGCCUUUUUCCUGAAAAGCUAGAUUGACCUGAGACUCCCUCUCCUUUCCUUCUUUGUUUUUCCUUAUUCUUGAGCAUCACGACUGGGCUAUGCCAGCCCAACUGCCAUCUGCUCACACACAGGGUCGGAAAUGCCAUCGGCAGCCGGCUGGGCCCAGAGGCAGGGGACGUUGGCAGCCUGUGACCCUGUCCCUCCCGGGUUUGGCAUUCUCUUCCAGGGAGCUGGGUGCAUCCCUUGGGGAAUGGGUGAUGGACGAGAGAGCGUAUUUGCACAAGCCUUGGUUAACGUCAGCUCAGGCAAGGGAUUUCCUUCUGCUCUUCAUCUGCACUCCAGCUGGACUUCUCGGGAUAGGAGCGAUGCCUCAGGUGAAAGGAUAUGUGCGUCCCUCUCAUUCGGGUUUGUCCCCAGGAGGGAUGGUGGGUGCAAAGGCAACAGCAGAGGAGGCCAUCGACAGACCUAAGGAAAGGGUCUUCUCCCCACGAGAUGUCCCACAGGUGCUGGGCAAGGACUGGCAGCUGCCUCCGCUCCAUCUCUUCCAUGCGCACCCCUGCAGAAGGUCCCUUUGGCUGAUGCAGAUCCAAAACAAACCCUUUCAGGUUAUUUCAGGCAGCAGAACACAGGUUGGAGCCUGUUGUAUUUAUUUUGUUUUGCUUUUCAAACCAAAUUGCCCAUCCCUGCCGAGCUAUGUUGCUGGUGUGAUGGGAGCCAGUUCCUGCGGACCUGCUGAGACUAAAUGGAAUACUUCCCAGCGGAAGCAGGAGCAGAGCUGGGCACGUACAUCCCGCCGCAUCGGGCUCCUGGAAGGCAGCACCCAGGCUGCCGAAGGACCAACUCACAUCCCUGCUUUUUGCCCAGGGUGAGCGUCUCGCAUAGCUCAUUGCUCUAGGGACCAGAGCAGCCUGACGGAAUUUGGCAGCUCUUCAAAAAAAGAAAGUAAUUUCUGGUCGCCACCAACUUCAAGGACUCAGUGGACAAAAAUACCUUCAUUGCAAGAAAUAAAAACAGAAACUAACCAACCUGAGCGCAGGGGAAAGCAAGCAGUUCAUCCGCAUGUGGGGAAUUUGGCUGAGAGAAGUCAUCAGGCGCCUGCACCGACCGGCAGGGCGCAGCAUGGCAGUGUGGUGGCCUGGCAGCCAGGGCAUUGCCGGGAGAUUUUCAGCUGCAAGCUCUGCCUCAGACGAGCUUCAUGAACUCAGGGAGCUCAUUUAACGUCAUUAUGCUGCAAAUAGUCCUUUCCAGUGCGUAUAUUUGCUACCUCAUGUAGCAUGUCAUAAGAAUUUAAGUGUUUUUAAUGUGCUUUGAUGUCUCUGGAUGAAGGAUGCUCUAUAAAUGCAAAGUGCACCAGUACUACAGCUGCCUGCCCGAGGACAAGGUCCCCUACGUCAACAGCCCGGGAGAAAAAUCUCGCAUAAAGCAGCUUUUGCACCAGCUGCCACCACAUGACAAUGAGGUCCGCUAUUGCAAUUCGUUGGAUGAGGAGGAGAAGAGGGAACUCAAACUCUUCAGCAACCAAAGGAAGAGGGAAAAUUUAGGGAGAGGCAAUGUCCGGCCAUUCCCUGUAACCAUGACGGGAGCCAUCUGCGAGCAGUGCGGUGGCCAGAUCAACGGAGGGGACAUGGCCGUCUUCGCCUCGCGAGCAGGGCACGGCGUUUGCUGGCACCCUCCCUGCUUCAUCUGCAGUGUCUGCAACGAGCUGCUGGUCGACCUGAUCUACUUCUACCAAGAUGGGAAGAUCUACUGCGGCAGGCACCAUGCUGAGUGCCUCAAGCCCCGUUGUGCGGCGUGCGACGAGAUCAUUUUUGCCGACGAAUGCACCGAGGCCGAGGGGCGGCACUGGCACAUGAAGCACUUCUGCUGCUUCGAAUGUGAGACGGUGCUGGGGGGGCAGCGGUACAUCAUGAAGGAUGGCAGGCCCUACUGCUGCAGCUGCUUCGAGUCCCUCUACGCCGAGUACUGUGACACCUGCGCCCAGCACAUCGGUAUCGACCAGGGCCAGAUGACGUACGACGGCCAGCACUGGCACGCCACCGAGACCUGCUUCUGCUGCGCCCAGUGCAAGAAGUCCCUGCUGGGACGGCCCUUCCUGCCCAAGCAGGGGCAGAUCUUCUGCUCCAGGGCCUGCAGCGUUGGCGACGACCCCAACGGCUCCGACUCCUCCGACUCGGCUUUCCAGAGCGCGCGAGCCAAGGAGUCCCGCCGCAGUGCCAAGAUUGGCAAGAACAAGGGGAAAGGCGAGGAGGGGGCGCGCAGCCCAUGCAACCAGCUGCAGGUCACCUCCAACCGCCUCUCCACUGAUGUGGACCCGCUGUCCCUGCAGAUGGAUUUGCUGAGCCUGGCCAGCCAGACGCCGAGCCUCAACAGGGAGCACUUGUGGAGGAGCCGGGAUGAGCUCUAUCACUAUGGGAGCAAAAUGGAGCAAAGUCAGUCCCAAAGCCCUUUGCAGCUUCUGAGCCAGUGCAACAUAAGGACCUCCUAUAACCCCAGCCAGGUCCCGGGCUCGCAGCCGGAUUUAUGGGCGAAACAUUUCAGCAACCCAAAGAGGAGCUCCUCGCUGGCGAUGAAGAGCCACGGCGGCAGCUUCAUCCAGGACUGCAGGGAGGACUACUACUCCGGGAGGCUUCGCUCGCAGGAGAGCUACAGCGACAUGUCCAACCAGAGCUUCCCUGAGACCAGAGGAAAUCUUAAAGUCCCCAAGUACGAAGAGGAAGAGGAAGGCGGGAUGCCGACACCGCAGUGCCGCACCCGGCACCCCAUCAACGCCCUCAAGUUCUCAGAGGACCUGACGCCCACCGAGCAGACUCCCCGCGGCUCCAUGGAGUCCCUCGCCCUCUCCAAUGCAACAGGCCUCUCUGCAGAUGGUGGAGCCAAGCGCCAGGAGCAUCUCUCCAGGUUCUCGAUGCCUGACCUGAGCAAAGACUCAGGUAUGAAUGUCUCAGAGAAGAUGAGCAACAUGGGGACCCUGAACUCUUCCAUGCAGUUUCGAAGCGCCGAGUCCGUCCGCAGCCUGCUGUCGGUGCAGCAGUACCAGGACAUGGAGCCGAACCUGCACGGCCUCGCCAGCCCCCUCGCGUACCGAGAGCGGCAGGCGCAUGGGCGGAUGCACCAGAGCUUCGAUUAUGGUAGCGGGGUGCCCGGGGGCAAGCUGGGGGCACAGGAGGGCUCAAGGCAUGCCCCCAUGAGCGAGCGCACGCGCCGGCGAACUAACCUCCGGGAUGAUGAUCGGCAUUACCGCCCGCACCGGCCCCGGCGGUCUCGACGUUCCCGGUCGGAUAAUGCCCUGCACCUGGCCAGCGAGCAGUGCUGCCGCCUGAAGGAGAGACCCUCGCUCCGAGCCAGGGAAGACUACGACCAGUUCAUGCACCAGAGGAGCUGCAGAGAGACGAUGGAGCAGGGUCCCCGCAGGGACGUCUACGGUCACUGUCCCCGGACGGUGUCGGAUCUCGCCUUGCAGAACCACUUGGGCGAGAGAUGGGGGCCCUACUUCGCCGAAUACGACUGGUGCUCGACCUGCUCCUCCUCUUCGGAGUCUGACAACGAGGGCUAUUUCCUCGGGGAGCCAAUUCCCCAACCCGCCCGCCUCCGGUACGUGACCAGCGAGGAGCUCCUGCACAAGUAUGGCUCAUACAGCAUGCCCAAGUCUUCCACGCUGAGUGGCAGGGGACAGUUGCACAGCCGGAAAAGACAGAAGAGCAAAAACUGUAUCAUAUCCUAAUGGCAUCCUUGCUGGGCACCUUGGCAGAAUGUAAAUUAACUCACAAACUUGCACUGUUUUAGAUCAUGUAAGCGCUUUUAUUGUAACAAAAAAGACCUGAAGAGUAGGGAUUUGUAAGAAGGUUGUAGACUGGCUUCUAUAAAUAGUCAUAAUCCUGGGCACCAUGAAUAUAUUUUGCACAUCUUACUUUGGAGGAAAGAAAAAAAAAAAAAAAGUUCACUUUAGCCUGUAAUAUUUACCCAGUAGUUUUUCCUCUUUCUCCCAAAUGUUGCCACCCUUUUGAGUUCUGUUUGUCCAUACGUUUUCAGUACCACUGUUGACUCUCAGCAUCAGUUUGCCGGUAGCUUUUGCUUUCAACCAUGUUUUUGUUUCCCAUUAGCCAUGUUGGUAGGUAAUUUGUCUCUCAGACAGUGUGGGAGCCUAAGUUAUUUCCAUGAUUGUUGUAAAUGCAAUGUAAAUGAGAGUUUGGAGAAAAUAUUUUUGUAUUUUGUAAUAUCAGAGGAAUUUCUAUAUCUUAGGAGUCACUGGGAAAAUGCAUGCACAUUCAGAAUUGUUUCCAGCCAGAGCUAACCAAACAGUACUUUGGACCCCCCUUUCCAUUUCAUCAUCAGAUUUCUUAAGUAUAUCAGUGAGAGUUUGAGUUGUCAUUUGUUUUGAGGGUUGUUUUUUUUUAAAAAAAACUUUUUUCUGUUGUUUUGUUUUGAUCCUGCUAAAUAAAGAGAACAUUUUGUGAUUCAUUAAAUCUUGAAGAGGCCUCGGUGGCAUUUUGAAGUCGGCUCACGCCUGUGAUGUGCAGGUACGCUCCAUCAGUCAGAUACAGGAAUCCUGACAGCUGCAAAAGGGACUUUUUUUUUUUUUUUUUUUUUAUUAUUAACUAGGAAAGAACAGAACUACCAAAUGUCUGCAACGUUGUAAAUGACCAAAGCCGGAGAAGGAAUUUUACACCUCUGUAGAGAACGCUGAAGUUACUCAACGUUGAACUAUUAUUUGGAGUAAAUAAAAGUGUAAAUGGUGCAAUUGUGUGAUGUCAGCAUGACGUUGUUUUGAAUAUAGACUUGUCUUAUGGUGCUCUAGUCUCCUGGGUUAUGUUAACUGCUGUUCAUUACCAAGUGGAAGUCUCAAUAUUGCCUACUGCCUAACACAUAAGAGAACGACUGCAAACUGCUCCCCGCGGGCCUGACCCUGCCCUGGCGAGACGCCCUCGCCCCUCCGAGGCCGCUUGUGGCCGGUGGGCUCGUGUCCUGGGUGGGCUCAGCCCCCGCCUGCGGAGCUAGGACAGCCCCACAGCAGCCUCACUGUGGCAGAGUGUUCUAUAAAUAGGGCUCAGCUGUAUUGUAUUAUGGUGGAUGUGAGUUUGUUCUCUGUAUGCUUUAAACCAUUGAGGUGCUGCCAUCGCAGCGCGUCCCGGCAGAUGCGCCGAAGGAUUGCAAAGCCAGUGCUGGUUGUCCCGGUGCUUCCCGAGAAGGAGCAGGUUUACAAAAGGGGCUCUUGGCACCCAAAGAUGCAGCUUAGCGCCUGAGGGUGUUAAGGUAAAGCUGGGCUUUGAGCCGCAGGAGGGCUGGGAGGCUUCACCGGCUGCAUCGCCCUCGCCCCACGCGCUGCAGGCAUCUCGGGGUGCCCCUGCACCUCCGCCAAGCCGGCCCCUGCCCUGCACCCCGGGGAGGAGGGUCCCGCUGCAGGGCCGGUGCCGGCACCCCUGGCCAUGUGCAGGGAUGCCCCAUUGCCUACUCAGAGCAGCAGAUGCAGAAAAUUCUUGAGGAUGGAUGUCUCCAUACCACAAACUAUUGCUAGGAAUUUUUUUGUUGUUUGUAAAGGACAAUGUGAUAAUUAUUAUUCCUUUAAAAAGAAAAGCAAACAAAAAAAAAAA